CACCUGACUGUGGGCGUCUGCACUGACACGUGGCUUUGGCACCACCUGGCUCGCACUGAGGAGCCAGGAACUGUGAAAGAGUGGAUGGCUGUUGGAGGAAGAUGACUCGAGUCGUCGUCAACAGCCAUGGGCACCUAUCUGGGCCCGGACCUCGCGGGGUCGCACAGCCUGGGCGCUCUGAGGAUCAGGAAAGACUCGACUAGAAGUGGACCCCAGGAAAAUAGCGCUGCCACCUGGGCCUCGCCCACGGGCGUCGCGCUAGGUGAUGGCUGUGGGCACAUGGUGACGUCUCAGGACAGCGGCACAAUGACGUCCAGGAAUUACCCGGGCACUUACCCCAAUCGCACCGUUUGUGAGAAGACGAUCUCAGUCCCGAAGGGGAAGAGGCUGAUUCUGAGGCUGGGAGACGUGGACAUCGAGUCCCAGGCCUGUGCCUCUGCCCAUCUCCUCUUCACCAGCUCUGCGGAGCAGCACGGUCCGUACUGCGGAAGUGUGACCGUUCCCAGAGAGCUCCUGCUGAACACCAGCGAAGUAACUGUGCACUUUAAGAGUGGAUCCCACAUCUCUGGACGGGGCUUCCUGCUGACUUACGCCAGCAGCGACCACCCAGAAUUAAUAACCUGUCUGGAACGAGGAAACCAUUACUUGAAGACAGAAUUCAGCAAGUUCUGCCCAGCUGGUUGUAGAGACAUACCAGGAGACAUUUUUGGAAACACAGUCAAUGGCUACAGAGAUACCUCUCUGCUCUGCAAAGCUGCUGUCCACGCAGGGGUGAUCGCCGACGAGCUGGGCGGCCGCAUCCACGUGCUUCAGCGCCAAGGGCUGAGUCGCUACCAAGGAGGUCUGGCCAACGGGGUGCUGUCCAAGGAUGGCUCCCUGUCUGGAAAGCUAUUCCUGUUUACCUCCGAUGACUGCAGCAGAGCCUUGAGCUCGGACCCCCGAGUGCAGUUCCGGGCAUCGUCGUCCUGGCAGGGCGUCAGCAGCUCUGCAGAGCCGGCUCCCUGGUCUCCCCGCCAAGCCCAGCUGCAGGACGAAGGCCCAUCCUGGGCUGCAGGCGACAGUGGCAGUGACGAGCAGCAGGCGUGGCUGGAGAUAGACUUGGGGGAGAGAAAGAGAAUAACAGGAAUCAGGACCACAGGAUCCACACAGCCAAAUUUCAACUUCUACGUGAAGAGUUUCGUGGUGAACUUCAAAAACAGCUCUCAGUGGAGGACCUAUAAAGGGGUUGUGGACAACAAGGAGAGGGUGUUCCAGGGCAACUCUAACUGGCAGGACCCGGUGCGGAACAACUUCAUCCCGCCCCUCGUGGCCAGAUACGUGCGGGUGCUGCCCCGGGCCUGGCACCAGCGGGCUGCGCUGAAGGUGGAGCUCCUGGGCUGCCGCGCCACGCAAGGGGACGAGUCACCCGAGUGGCGAGAAGCAAGUCCAGAUCCCGGGCUUUCGGCGGAGACUGAGAACGAGCUGCCUGCGCAGCCCGACGCCAGCCCCACAGAGGAGCGGCCUCCUCGGGGAGCAGGUGCGCUGUCCUGGCUUCCCAACGUGAGCGGCUCCUCCCAGCAGUCAGUCGCCUGGCGCUGUCCCGCUGCUGGGGGAUGGGGGGAGGCGUGUGUCCACGCUGUCGGGGUAAUGCUCUGGGUACCGCCUGUCCCAUUGCUCGGGGGUACCUCAAGGAGACAAAGAUCAGGAGCAAACUCCAUCUUCAGCGGUUGGGGGUAUUCUGUGGAAGAGUAAAGCAGCACAUACCCAUAAUGAAAUACUCCACAGCCAUGGAGGGACCUGUAUGUCAUCCUCAUACGGAAGUGUUCAGAGAUGUACUGGCAACUUAAACAGGAAAGCGUAGACCAAUUUAGAUAGCCACUUGUACGAUGGGGGGAAAGAAGGGGGAACACACAUAUUCUAGGAUCUUUAAAGACUUGGAGAAACAGGAUUUGGGUUCUUGUGGCGAACCAGAGAGGUAGGAGGGAGAUACUCCAUUCUACACCUUGUUAUAUUUGGAAUUUUGAACAUGUAAAUGUAAACUACUCGAGGAAUAACAUUAAAACUACUUUUUUGAGAAUUUUAGAAAAUUCGGAAAGAUCAUAAAAAUAUAAGUAAGAAAAUAAGCAGCCAUUUGUCAGCCUUGACAGACGAUCACCGUACUCCACUGUGUUCAUCGCCUGUCUACAUUUCUGACUGGAGAAUGAAGCGGUGGCAUAACCAGCAUUCUGCACUGUGGUGUCGAUUUCUCAUUUACGGUGCAAUGCCAGCGCUUUCUAAUCUGGCCACACAGUGGAAAGGACAGUUAUUAACAUCUCUUUGGUAGUGGCCAUUCUGUGUACCAGUCAGUCCCCUCUGUGGGUAUUUAAGCUGUUAGGCCCCUCAUUCCUUACGGAAGGUGGCUCCUGUCCGAGUCCCCACAUCUCCUCCCUCGUGUGGUUUCCACACUUGGCUGUGUUGGUGCUGCUGAGCUGGCUCCCUUCUGUGAUGCACGCAUUUGGUCCAGCAGGGUGGAAAUGCUCGAUUCUGUGAGGAAAUAAACCUACAGUAAAAGUCAGCCCUGAGAACUAGAAACUGCCUUUGAAAGGUGGAAAGAUAUAGUUUAUCUUCCCAAAGGGCAGUCAGGACUUUGAAUCUUCUUCUUUUACUUUCCGGCAUCAGAAAGUGCCCAGCAUGUAUUCGUGAUCCCUUUAAA